AUCCUGCUGAGAGCAUGCAGGGCGGGAGUAGCUUUGCCAUUCCUCCAGUGACUUCCUGAAGUGAACACUGACCAAAUAUGUGGAGACACAAACACAAGACAACCUGCAAUAAAGUGGACCUUUGACACACUGGACCAGGAAGUAACAUCCUCCAGAAACGAUAACUCUGACUACAGCUGAUUUGAUUUCACUGGUGUGAAGCAUGUUCCCGUGGCAUUACCUGGCUCUCCUCCUGCUGAUAACUGUUCACAUAUGCAAAGCUCAAGAUUGUGAUACAUUCACAGAUCUAGAUGUCAGUCACGCCUUCCUUGGAACCAACCUCGAUAUCAGGUUGUUGCUGUACACCAGGGAAAAUGGCAGCUGUGGUAAACUCCUGUCCCACACCAACCUUACCGCCCAUCCCCACUUUAACCUGUCCAGACCCACCACCUUCAUCAUUCACGGGUAUCGACCGACGGGGUCUCCUCCAAUGUGGGUUGAGAACAUAAGAGAGAUGGUGCUGGAAAGGGAAGACUUGAACCUGAUAGUGGUGGACUGGAACUAUGGAGCAGCUAAUCUGAAUUAUUUCAAGGCCGUGGCUAACACACACUUGGCAGCAGACAACCUCACUGUUUUUAUAAAACUGAUGGAGACACAAGGUGCCUCGCUGAGCUCCAUCCACAUGAUUGGGGUGAGCCUCGGGGCUCACAUAUCAGGAUUUGUCGGUGCCAACCUGGUGGGGUCAAUUGGAAGAAUUACAGCUCUGGAUCCUGCUGGACCUCAGUUCACCGGCACUACCCCGAAAGAUCGCCUGGACUCAUCAGAUGCCCAGUUUGUUGACGUCCUCCACACAGACAUAGACGCUCUGGGCUUCAGGGAGCCUCUGGGUCACAUUGAUUUUUAUGCAAAUGGAGGAACAGAUCAACCCGGCUGCCCAAAGACCAUCUUCUCUGGUGGGUCCUAUUUUAAAUGUGACCACCAGAGGUCAGUGUUGCUCUAUCUGGACUCUGUGACAUGUGCCAGCAAGGCUUUCCCCUGCUCCUCAUAUAAGGACUUUAUGGAUGGAAACUGUCUGAGCUGUGAGAAAUUUGGUGAAGCUGGAUGUCCUGUCUUUGGUCAUGAUGUGAUAAGGUGGAAAGACAUCCUGCUAAGGCUGCGCCAUACAAAGACCUUCUUCAACACAAAUGCAGUGCAUCCAUUCUGUAUGACUAACUACAGGGUGGAUGUGUUGAUAUGGAACGAAGAAGAGCGCUAUGGAUACAUCACGAUCAAACUUCAUGGCAUCAAUGAAGAAGCAGAGGCCACCAUUGACCAUUCUGCAGCAAAGUUUCAGAAGUUCACAGAGACCAAGCUGUUUGCUCAUUUUGAGAAAGACAUUGGGUCGGUGAAAAAAGUGACCGUCACGUUCUCCACUGGAAAUGUGUUCAAGCCCAAAUAUAAGCUCAGAGUGCUCCGACUCCGCCUCACACAUCUGGAACGGGUUGAGAGGCCACUCUGUCGAUACGACAUCCUUCUAAAGGAGAAUAAAGAGGUCACGUUCAGACCCAUUGUCUGUGAAGAACUGUCCAACUUCUGAUACUGAAUCAGACACCAAGUAGGAAAAAAAUUACUCCUCUCACGGACAGAAGCUCAGAAGACUCUCACAGGAAAACAAAACAUACUGUAACAUAUCAGAUGUACAGAUGGUUAGAUGUACAUGUGUUUUUGAGAGAAUAUAUGUUUAUAUUAAAAUAUUCGUUUUUUAAAACAA